AUGGAGUGCGUUUUACAUCACGUGUUUUAUGGAGCUAGACUUGAGACAUCUGUAUAUGGAUUGGCAUUGGAAAUAUAUGCAAGGAGGGACUAUAAAAUACUCGAGGCUAAGACUUGCUUUGCGUUCCCCAAUUUUCCUCUGGUCUUGGUUGUGAUUAUAUUUUGUCUUUAUUUUGUGGAGGUGGAGAUUAUUAUUUUCUGCUUUUCUUUGUUGGCCUUUUGUAAUUAG